AUGGGUUGUAACCCUUCAAGAAUAUCCAUUCAUGAGCCAAUUAUUUUUGAAGAUAAAGGGAAAAUUAAGAGGAAUUCUAAUUAAUUAACAGAAAUCUAAAAGAAUAUUGAGAAACAUUUAAAAAGCUAAUUUGGAACAUAAAGAACUCCUACUACUGCAUCACCAAAUACUGUAAUACCAUCUAAUAGUAUAAUUGAAAUUAUAAAUUUAGGAAGUUCAAGAAUUACAGAUCAAUAUAUUGAAAUGACUAAGUCUACCAUUAUUUUCUAAAUAGAUAAAACUUCUUAAGCCAUCUAAAGAAGAUCUUUAUAAUGA